GAUUAAUUGGACACAGGUGCAUCAUUCCUUGACUGCAGCUGUUUCUGUCUCUGGAUUCACUUUUAAUCCGCUCUGCUUUCACAGAGAGAGCGUCAAGCACCCUCAAACACCAUCACCGGGAAUGGGCUGAAUGCGAGUGAGUCUUGUAGUUUAUCAACCAACAGGAACAGAAAUACUUGAGUUUUGAAAUUCAGCGAUUAACUUACACUUUAUGCAGCUAAAUGGACGUCAAGAACAGAGUCAGACAAGCUGAGCGUUUGGUUAACCCGGUUGACCCUCUCAUAGACCAGAUCUGUUAGUCUUGGUUAAAAAUAAACUUAAAUUGAUCUUAAUUGUUCUGACAGAACGACAAAGUCCAUUCAGCAGUGUCAUUGAUCCUCGAUGGAUCAAUUUGUUGCAGCAUAAUUUCAACCCACUAAGCAAUAGACGGCUAUUAGAUGACUAGUUUUGGUAGACCUGAUUCCCACCGUCUAGAAACUGUUUAUUUUUGUGAGUUGCAUAACUGCUCUCCAAGUAUUUAACCAGAACAAUAAUGAAAGCCGUUAAGGAAUAUACAGUGUAGUAUAGAUAUAGCACGGAUUUAGACUUGGUCUAAACUUCUAUAUACAGUCUAUGUUUUACACCAAAAAAUGCUCAGUGGGAAGUUCAAGCCAUUGUUUUCUUCUAACCUGAGAAAUGACCUUCGACCUUCAGCUACAAUAGUCACCUGCAGUUACCAUAGAGUGAUAAUAUUGACAAUUCAGUGAAUGAUGAACUACUUAUCUGUCUCUAGAACUUCUCAUAGUUUUAUAAGCAGGAUAUUUGUCUAAAUUUGUUUAAUCAAGCGUAUUUAUCAAAAAGUAUUUUCAUUUGUGUGAAAUAUUGUGUCAGCCAUGCUUCAUUCAUCUUUCAGAGAGACAUAAAAGCUGCUUAAUAUUUUCAUCUUGUUCAUCUUCUUCGGUUCAUUGUGUGGCUGUUGUUGGUGUCACAGGGUUUAAAAGCAGGUGUGCAGUACCAAUUAGUCGAGCUUUGUGCGACCAGAAAAGGAACCUGCACUCUGUCUAAAGUCUAGAAGGUUGAAAAAAAAAAAAGGCUCUUCAGCCAAUCUCUGACCUCGCUCUGUUCUUUUGUACCUUUUUCGCUCGGUUUGGUGAGUUGUGAAAGGUCCAGGUAAAAAGCCUUGAGGAGAGUUUUUGCUUCCUUUUGUGAGAUAAUUGCUCCUCAGCACAAAAAUCCAAGUUAAUUUUGAAAUGAUUGAAUCCCAACAGCAAAAUAAUAGAAUUUCAGAAUUGCUUUCCCAAUCAGACAGUUGAUAUUCACGUUUUCAGUUUUUAGAGAAAGAAAUGCAUUAGAUAGGUAUGUGCUUCUCGGUUUGUGGACCUGUUAAUGGACUGUCGUAUUCCUGGUUCAUUCUCAGGUUGUUUUUUUUUCUUCUGUCAUCCUCUAACAACAACAGCUGUCAAGAAAAGCUGACGCACAAAGAUACAAUUUUUUUUUCAACCCUCUUACACUGCCAGAGUCUGAAAGCAAAGGGGGCUUUUCGGCAGAAGAAUACAGAAAAACAUUUGUUUACCACUGAAGUCCUUUUGUACAUUAGACAGAAAAACUGCAGCUCAAAGUCUGAAUCAUAAACCAGACAGCUGCAAUAAAAAUAUCAAACAUCUGCUCACACCUGAUGCAUUUUUAGCCUCCAGAUAAAAGUUAAUCAGUCAGAAUGAUAUUGAUCCUGUUAUUGUUGAAUUUAUUUGUAUAAUAAUGACAAUAAUUUAUCGCCACAGCAACCAAUCAUACUCUCCAUAAAAAUGACACACAGCGCAAGGAUGGAUUGUAAUUAGUUCACAAACUUAAAAGUCCCCAUGAGGAGCAUUGGCUUUGUGUUGAUUCUGGUGCCCCCCAGUGGACAACGCCACAUAUUCCAUCACUCAUCUUCUCUUGUUCUGUACAUGUUUCAGCAUUUUCUUCUCACAUCAUUACAGUCAUUUUUAUCACUCAACAAGAACCUUUGCAGUGGAAAUUACAAAUAAAUAGAUAUUCUGCAGUGUCACUCAUCAUCAACAUCUAACCUGCAACACUGGUUUCAGCCAGUGAAAUUAAUUGCAAAGUAAUGUUGAUGAUCUUAUUUGAUUUUGUAGAUUGUAAAGAAGUAUGAGUAUUAAUUUCAGUGUGGCCAAUUGAUAAUAAUAAUAAUAAUAACAACAACAACAACAACAACAACAACAACAAUAAUAAUAAUAAUAAUAAUAAUAAUAAUAAUAAUAAUAAUAAUAAUAAUAAUAAUAAUAAUAAUAAUAAUAAUAAAUAUAAUAACAAUUAUUAUUAUUAUUAUUAUUUAAUACAGAUAGGUCAUUUAAUCAUCUUUAGUUCAACUCAAGGAGCUCAAAUCAGCUUGAAAUGUCCCUACAUGGAUUUGUUUGUGCUGCAAACUAACAAAUUAAUUAAAGCUCCUGUGAGAGUUUUUUUUUCGACAUUUAUGAAUGGACUGAAAUGCCUUUUUUAUGACACACACAAAAGCAAACAAGACCAUCAGAGACAAGACUGACAAUUUGAAUACAGUCAUUUUUAAUCCUGGAAACUGACAUGAGGAGGUCUGUGUCAGUGAAGGAGGCCCAAACUGAAAGUUCCUCACAGGAGCUUUAAUCAUCAUUUAAACCUAAAUUGAACUAAAUUGACUGUUUUUCAAUACGUUUGUUUCAGAAAUAGUUCCCAACUCUGUUUUAACACUUCCUGUAAUUUCACACCAGUUCUGAGAGAGUUAAAGGUCAGGGUCAGAGGUCAGAGAUGUUGUGUAGCAUAAGUUGUCCUUCAGCAGCAGGAGUUUUCUCAAGCUUGUGUGUUCAUUACAGCAUAUGUUAUUGCACGUUUUCACUUCAACAGUGUGUGUAUGCAGGUGCUACACACCCCGACCUGACCCCAUGUUAGGUGACAUGUGAGUCUGUCAUGUAGUAGUCAGUCAUGUGCUGAAAUACUAUACUGUGCUCUGAAUGUUUCAUGAGUUUGUGAAGCACUGUUUUGUUUUCAGUGAAUGUAAGUGAUAAUGCGAGAUCCUGAAAAACUACAAAAAAUAUAUUUUUUAUUAAAAUAAGGCAAAUAAUUUCAAAGAUUAUCAACCUCAUAUAUUAAAAAAACGAUUUAUUAAUUAUUGUGUUUGAAACUACAGUACAUGUUAUUUUACGACUGUAUGUUCUGAAUUCAUGGCAUGAAAUUUUUGUAUAUGUAAGAUAUGCUCAGACUAGAGUUAACAGAGACUGGAGCCUGGUCAUACUGACCUGCCCUGAAAUUUGUUUUUGGCUGUUCAAAAACAGACUGUUGCUUGCCUGCAAGGAGCAAUGUUCAAAAAUAUACAUUUCAUAUGUAGUGUACAAUGUAUUAAAAUGACAACUUUGCACUAUCACAAACAAAAGUUGUAAUUUUUCCCUUUAAAUCACGAACAUUCUGGCAGCCAGCUUAUGUAAGGCGCUUACUUCAGCAUAAUUGUGUUAUUUUGACAAUUUUGACAACAGCUAAUAAGGGUCCAGUUCUACAGAGAACGAACACGCUGUCCUCGACCCUGUUAUGUUUACAGUCUAGUGAAAGAAAAAAAGGAUUGAAAUGAUUGGUAUCAUGUGGUAAAGGAGAUAACAAAGGAAGCAUGUAGGGACACUCUUUACUGAUCAGAUGGAGAAUAUGGACCGCUCUUAUUAUGGCUGAUUCUUGUGUCCCUCAGUUACAACCAUCCUAAUCAAAAACAGCUAUUCAGCCUCAGGCCAAAAGGUACAUUAGAGAGACAAAGCACAUGUUUAGAAGCUUGUUAGCCAUAUUUCAGUCGGCAUAUGUUUAAAAUGCUCAGUGCAGCUGCAGAACAUCGCUUAUGUUUUGAUGUCUCUGCUCCAACUCCACCACUCCUCGCAGAUUUAUUCUACAUGCAGGAAUUUAAGGGAUGAUGAGAUAACCUCUGACCCUUUGCUGGAGCGUGCAUGUGUUUAAAAUAUGAGCACAGCACUGAUGCGGGGUAGCAGUGGUAAUGAGAGGAGAGAAAUCUUGCCGCUUAACUGGACUGUAAUACUGAGAGGAUAUAUUCAUAAGGUUGUUGUGAGAGUGACACAUGUCAAGCGUGAAAUCAGUUUCAUGCCUAUGGUUUGUGCAUGUUUCACAGUUUCCUGAAAACUUGAGUUAUCAAUCAUUAAAAAUCAAGCAUCAGUUUUCGUAAAGUUUGCAAUCAGCAUCAAUCAUUCAAAAAGCUGCUGUUUGGCUCUGAACUUUCCAGGUAUGAGUCUUCACUGUGCAAACAUGAAGGUUCAUGUUCAAGGGGGCUGUACCUUUCGUGGCUGGCAUGCACGUCCUCAGAGAUCAGAAGUCCUCAGAGAUCUCAGAGAGCUGUAAUUGGCUGGUUAAGUUUAACAAAGGGCAGUGGGAGCAGUGAGUUUAAAAGCAGGGGACAGAGCGCCACCUAGGGAACUAAGUCGCAAAGAGCUCAGAGAUACAAAAGUGAGGACUUAUAACCUCUGAGUUUGCUUUGCAGGUGACUGAACAGAAAUAUGAAUGAAACAUAAAAAGCACAUAAUCAAAACAGGCAUCAGCUGAUUUUUAGCAAGAACACUGCAGGCCAACACUUUCUGCAUCAGCAUCUUUAAUAUUCCUACUGCUCUUUUUUUUUUUCUCUUGGUGAGCCAGCGUGGGCCGCUUCUCGCCUUGAUCAUGCACUGACCAGUCGGCCUCACCGCCUCCAUCCAGGGGGAGAAACCCGCUGCCUCUUCUCCAGCCAGGCUUUGAUGUGUCAGGGUGCAGUUAACAAGUUACUCCCCUCUGAAGUGUAUUAGCUGGAAAUUGAACCUUUUCAUCUUCCUCUUCUUUCGUUUGACCUUGUUUGGAGCUGUGGGGUUUUGUUCGACAGGGGAGAGCAUUUAAUGCUUUUUGCAUUUCAUCAGCAGCGUACAUAUUUAAAUCACGAUCAUGUUUCUUACAUUUUUAGGAAUACAGAAGCGCCGCCAGAUUUUUAAAACGCAUGAAAAUGAUUUCUUGGGUAAAUUGAUGAAGUUGGCACAUAUUCAGCUUUUACCAACCAACUUUAUAUUUCUAACCACAUGAAAUAAAUCAUUUAAAGACCUUGUGAAAACAACAGGCUUAAUAAUAUCUCCUGCAGCCCUUUUGCAAUAGUCAAUACCACAGAAAAGAAAACCUGCUCUCUUCUCCUUCAGGUCUGAGAGUGACCUUUGGACAUUCAAAAUGAAACCUAAAUAUCAAAACAACUGUUAGACUGAUUUCCAUUAAAUUUUGAAAAGAUAUUCACAAUCCCCAGAGGAUGAAUCCUGAUGACUUUGUUGAUCCCCUGACUUUUCAUCUACCAUCACCACGAGGCUGACAUUUGUGGUACAGAUUGAAAUAUCUGUUCUUUUCUUGUUUUGCUUUCAAAUUAAAUAUUCAAGGUCCCUGGAGGAUAAAUUCGGAUGACUUCUGUUGUCAUCUGAUUUUCUUUCCAGCAGCACCAUCAUGAGGUUGACAUUUAUAAGACUUGGUUACCCAUCAAAGAUCAUGCGAUGAGGGUGACGGCAGAUGUCUCAGGACCUCUGAUGUAGCCAGCAGGUUAUUUCUGCUCGUCAGACAGCAGUAACCCUGGUGUUGAAAAUGAAGCUGAUGUGGUUGUGCAAAAAACUGCAGUUCCAGCACACUUGUGGUUGACCAAAAAACAGAGGAGUCUCUAUAAUACCUACAUCAAAUUGUCUCAGUUUACAGCAGAAUUACACUAGUUUACAGCCAGCUUCAAAACAUCAAUUUAAAACAGAGAUACACAUAGAUUUGCAUUAAUAAGGGUGUGGCUGAGUUGCUUUUUUUAGUAGAUUCACUCAAAUCUACAUGAAUCCAGUCUAGUCUAAUCUACACAAUUACAUACUUAGAAUACAAAAGUUUCAAAUAGAUCAUUUUCAGCACUGAGUGAUUUAAAAAUUAUUACAAAUCAGUCACUUGAAAAUCAGUGCCUGUGAGUGCAGUUGGCCCAAGUCUCCCAAAUAGUAUAGAGAGUAAUUUCUGCUUUUCUCAGCCCAGACUGCCUCUUUUGUCCUGUCAGCUCCAGCUGCUUCAUCCCUCCACUCCCUGUCCCCAUUAUCUGACCUUACCGCCCACUUGUUCUCAUGUUUCUACUUUUCUUCAUCAUUUCAUUUGAACUCAUACCUGACCUACUUGUCUCUUGUUCAAACUUGAUUUUUCUCUAAAAUUUUGAACAGUUUGUUUCCUUAAAUGUCAACAAGGGGACAGUACAGAAGACAAAAUUCAAGACUGUAAAAGUUGUAAUAAAUUAUCCUGUAAAAACGUCUCAUUUGAACUGGUUUAAUCUGUGAUCCGUUAACUAUUUUCCUGAUAUAACAGUCUGUGAUUUGGUGUAAAAAAAGCCAGAAAAUUUAAAGAAAGUUGACCUAUUUUUCUCAAUAAAGUUAUUUUGAAUCAUGAUAAGACUUGGCGAUUAAAUAAACAGGAGAAAGUUUGAUAAAUAUUUGCCACAGCUGACCUGAAAUCCUGCGACAUGAACCGACAAGAACCAAAUUUGAGUGAUGGGUCUUCUGAAACCCUAAUUUUAAUGAGCAGCUAGACAUCCUCUUUUUCAGAUUUAACAGUACACAGAUUCUUUUUCCAUGAUCAUUGAAGCUAAAGUCUUUUUAUAGUGGUUUGUGUAAAGGUCUUUUGCUUUUUUGACAUAUUUUUACUGACUUCAAAUGCACACUGUUGUCCAUGAAGGCUGAGAUACGUGCAGAUUGUUUUAUAACAUUUCCACUGAUAAAUCCCCCAUGACUCCACUUUACUAAUAGUUUACUUCAUGUCUGAAAUAAAGCUGGCUCCACACAAAGACGCCCAUUGAUGACACAUAGUCGCAGUACUGGAAGACCUCGCAGAGACAGACAUCUCAAAUUCAAAUACCAGGAUUUGCCCGAGGAAGAGGACAUAUAUCUAAACCUUCAGGCUGCAGAGGUGAGAAUACAGAUUUAGAUUCUGAUACACAAAAUGUAGAAAUUCUGCCUUCUUGUAUUCAGAGAAAUCAAACUGAUUUGUAUUUCCCUGCUAACCUUUCGCAGGAAUCAAAGGCUUGUCUGCAACAUGAAGCUAUCUUUUGUUCUGGUUUUUGCAUUUAUCCUCCCGCUCAUCAGGGCUCAGGUGCCUCACUGGGGGCCGUGUCCAGAACCAGCAGUUCAACCUGCUUUCGAUCUCAAACAGGUACGAACAAGCCUGUCUCCGUGAUGGGGUUUGCUGGUGUGAUCUGCUGACAGAUCUUUCUUCUUUCUGAGAGGAAAAAAAACAACUUUGGGUUUUUAAAUUAAUCAGAUAUUUGAAAAUGUGCUCUAAAAUAAGUCGACACUAUUGAUAAGUACUUAGCUCUGUUGGCAACUGACUAUCUUUACUUUGCUCACUUGUAAUCUGAAUGGAUGGUUAAGUGUAUGACAUUUAUAAGCAGUACAAUUACAUGUUAAAAGUUGGUCAAACACCGCAGUUUAUUGCAAAUACAAACAUUUAUUUGUGCAGUUCUUAUGUGCCAAAUAUCCAUCUGCCUCUGUUUGCAGUGCUCAUUAAGAUAUAUAGAGGAAUCAUGUGUUCUUUAUUACAUUUCCAUCUGAAUCGCAGCCGAGAAUAAGUUUGCUGUGGCCCGGGAUGCAAAUACGUCUUCACAUUCUCCUGACUCCACUAACACAUGUAGAUUUAUUCAUACUCUCUUCUGUCAGUGCUCUCAAUUGUCUUUGAACUCUUGUGUGUGUUUCUGCCCUCUCAGUUCAUGGGGAGAUGGUUUGAAAUUGCCAAGCUGCCUGCCCAGUUUGAGAAGGGACGAUGCAUCGAAACCAAUUUCACUUUGACGACCGACAGCUCCAUUCGAGUGGUUAGCUCGGAGAUACUGUGAGUCCUAUCUUCAAUUUCUUUGUGCAAAUGUGGAUUCAAGUGGUAAUAUUUUCACGGUUUGUAUAUCCUUUAACACAACAUGAAAUUUGACUGUCUGAUUAAACAGAAAAGGAGAGCUGCGGAAAAUUGAAGGGACAGGAGUCAUAGAGGACAUGAAGAAUCCAGCCAAACUGGGAAUAAGUUAUUCCUAUGGUGAGGACUGAGUGUAACUAUUGUGUGUCUAUGUUUAGGAUGUCUAUUUCUCAGGACAGUGAGGCCUUUGACCUCCAGCCUCUUCACGAUAGAAGCAACAUUUUUCUUCUUGAGUCAGAUCCACAGAAAAAUAUGUGUGUCAUUCUUCUUUUGUUCACAGUGCUUCCAUACUCCCCAUACUGGAUCCUGUCCACUGACUACGUGAACUCGGCCCUGGUCUACUCCUGCACGGAUGUCCUCAGACUGUUCCACGUGGAUUUCGCCUGGAUCCUCGGCCGGACAAGAUCCCUGCCAGAAUCCACUCUUGAGACAGCGAGAGACACCUUUGCCAAAAACAACAUUGACGUGAGCAGGAUGAUCGCCAGCAGGCAGCAAGGCUGUGACAAAACCCUGUAGAAAGGCAGCACGAGAUGUUGCUGAGGAUGUUUAAGCAUCUGUUCCAGGAAAACAGUUUCCUAAUAGGCCCUCUUUAUGCUGAUUGUGACCAGGAGGCUAGACACAGCUUAUAUUAAUGAUUGGUUUAUUUCUGCCUUGUUUAGACAAUAUAAAUGUUUACAGCACAAAAUACCUGCGCGCCUUACUGUGCAGCACUGUAGGUGAUUGAAUGUAACGGUUAUAAGCUGAAUAAUAAAUGCACAGUCAGGGUUUACCCCUUUUUGUUAAAUAUAUCAUCACUGGUUGUAAUAAUAAUAUCUGAGGUUAAUGUUUCCCACAGUUUUCGCCAUACAGAUGUAAUUGCUGUCAUACUGAACUUUAAUUGCUGUCAUAUUGAACUGUUUUUUGUCUAAUCUGCAGUAACAAAUAGAAGAAUUAAAUUUAAAGUAUUAAAUAUUGAGUAAAUCUGAUUAUAUAAAGUACACUGCAAACUGGAAACAUGAGUAACCAAAUUAAAGGGUUAAAAC